GAACCAUGACUGCUUGCUUUUAUUAGAUAUUGUCCUGGCUUUGCUAAAACUAGGUCAUUCUAGUUUUAUAAACCAGCAGAUUUGUUGUCACCUGUAAAGUAAACUUGUCAAACUUCAUGAAACUCAUUGGCAGGUUGACAAGCACGCAGCCUGCCGUUAGCCGUUAGUCGUCUCUAUUUCAACCGUUAGUUAACGUUUAAACUAAUUGGUAACAGAGGAGCUGGUGUUUUUAAGAGUGAUAAAAUGUAUGAGUUAGCUCCCUUGUCGCUCAGAGAUGUGAGCUUGUUCAGCAGAAAAGCCUGCAGAAGUGAUUACAGAUUCACAGUCUCGGGUGAAUGAGCUUUUGUCGUCAAUCGGGCAACGGCUGGGUGGUUUGUUGUGAUAAGAGUCUUUACUCUGCUUUGUUACAUGUCAGGAUGUUUAGAAGCUUGGAUAGACAGGCAGACAGAAAGAUAGAUUUUUGCCACAUCAGUGUUUAGACCUCUGGAGUUUCCAGUGUCUGUGAUCUCGCCAACAGUGAACCUAUAAUUUCGUGUCCUUUUUCUGAAUGAAGGCAGAGACUUGCUGUUCUUGGCCUAGGAGUGUAAUAACAGUGUACUUCUGCAUGUAGUGAACAGAUUUGUGCAUCCACAUUUUCCCUUUUCCCUUCUUCUUCGUCUUCUCCCCAGUUUACAGUCUGCUCCUUUAUUCCUCUCUGUUCUGUUUCUUGUCACCCCACCUUUCCUGAAGCAAACUGUGAUGCCUAACUCACAACAUGAGGGUAUUGUAAUACAAGUCUCCCUGCUGCCAAACAAAGUUUACUGUAGCUUUGUGCCUCCCUCUGUUGCUUUUUCUCACUGCUCCGGGAACUUGCCAUGCAGUUGUUGAGAUCUGUCAGGGUGGACAGAUUCCUUUACAUUGCUUCUUUCCCUUCACCCUCACGCGUCUGCUGAUAACGGCCUCCUGUUCUCUAUUUCUUCCUCUGGAAAACGCCUACCCACUUAUGUGAUUCAAGCAGUGUUUUCAUUUGUGGACAGUGACUUCACUUCUGUGACUAAGAUUAGACUUGCAACUCCAUUGUGAUGUUGCAUACAACUUAUUAUCUUUUUUGAAAUGUUUUCUAAUGAACUUGUAACCCAUCUUAAGGGUAGAAAACAAUCUGCAUUCUGUUAUCUCUUGCUUUGUCUUUUAUUUGGCAGCCGUGCAGCUCAACCCUGACCCCCUGUCAGGCUGUGUCGAGUUUGUCCCACUCCAACAUCCUGCCCUGUCCCGGAGGACUGCUUCAAUAUUAGUAAUCAUAUAAACACCCAGCAAGACUGAAAGCUCGCUUUCGUAUAGACAACGACCUGGGAUUAUGCAGUGUUGUGUAAAGCCUUUGUUUUUUUUCUCUAUGCCCUGCAGGAUUGAGAAACAGACAGAAUCAAAGUCACACAAAAAGAGAUUAAUGGAAAGGAACAUAUAGAAUAGGAAAUGGACAUUUAAGGAAAGUGUAAUAUGAUCCUGGAAGUUCAGUUCAUGGGAAAAGUAUGUUUGAGAGUGAAGAAAACAGAGUAGAUGUUCGCAGUCGAUUUUCAUUACAGGUCCUGAAGAGAACAAGGUCAAAAGAGGGUUUAAAAUUGAUGGUGGUAUACUGGCAUUUUUGAGCCAUUUAGUCAUUUAGGGUGUGUUGACUGAUAUUCAGAGCUGCACCGUGCUUCAUCUAUGCUGUUGAUAUAAUAUUUACAAAGGAAGAGAAAUAGAAAGUACUCCACCCUGUGAAAAACAUUUGGUCUGUGCGCGCAUGUAUGUUGUUAAUCAGUCAGUACUCUUCAAACACACCCAGAACCCCACUUGAUAUGGUGGAUGCCAUAUGUUACUGGUGUAGGAGCUUCUUACUGGAAAGCGAACCUCAAAGCUUGGUAGUGGUUAAGUAAUUGCUCAGUUUAAGGGGAAUUUUGCAGCUUUUCUUACUUAACCAGAAUGAGACAAACUUGUAUGCCUAAACUUGUAUGGACCAAUCAUUACAGCUCUUGUGUUCACAUGAACAUACAAAACCCUUAAAGUCACAUUAGCACUUGGAAGUACUGUUUCUGCUCUGGGUCAAUGUAAACAGGAAGUAGAGCUGAAGUUCGGCUGCCAUGUGAUCAAAUAGACAUCCAGUAAUUGAGGUGAAGAGGAUGUGCUCACCUUUCACCAUACUUUCAGAUAGGCCUGAGUCCUAAAACAAUAUUGUCAUGCUAAAUACUCAUUAAUUUAGUGUCAAAUUUUGUAGUGCACCGCACCUCCUGACUGAGAGGUGUAUGGGUAUGUUUGCAGGUCAUCUGUGAUGGCCAAAGCCAAAGCAGAAUUUAAAGCUGUUUUGUGUUUCUGCUCCGCUCCGUCAAGACUUGGAUAAAUCUAGGAAAGCGUUUUUAUUGGUCCCUAAUGAAUAUCUGGAUUUGAUUUCCUUCAAUCCCAAACACUCCUCUAAUGUUUUGUUUUACAACCUCUGUGAUCAUGUUUUAAAUCAGCAGGACAAAUCCUCUCCGGAUCUUUUAUGAAAGUUUAUAGAAGAUGUAAAACAUACUGUAGGACAGAUUUUUUGAUGGAAGUGUAGGACUUAAAAAUGCCAACAAACACACAGGAACCAACACGCUUCCUCCAAACCUACGAUAUGACACACUCUGACUGUGAACUCUAACAAUGCAUCAUUCUGUCUCCGGGCAUUAAUAUUCAUUUCAUCGGUGACACUGCGCCAUCUGACUGACCACGGGCUUCAACACAAGCGGUGCCACAAUGGAGCUCUCAUGAGUCUGGACAAAAUGACGUAAUCCCUCAUGACAAGUCAGCCUCAUGAGAGAUUUGUCACCUCACUGAUUGUUGAAGGGCUUUGAAUGGCACGCGUAACAUUUUAAACACAGGCCUCUAGGUUUGAUUCUCCACUCAGCGGUUAAAAAUGUGAGCAGGACGAGUAGCAACAUGACGAGUAGACCAGUAAACACCAUGGUGGGAGUGGAGCGCAGGUCUGAGCAAGGGAGGGUGUGAUCCCUGUGCGAUUGGUCGACACAGAGACAAACGACCGGACAGAUCGGAAAGAUCAGAGGAGGAGAAGAAUGGCACGAAAUGUUAACUUUGACCUGAGCCACCCCCUCAUGGAAGCCGGACUGGAGAGCCCGGCAGAUGAGGAAGGUGUUCAUGACUCGUUCAACCAGCUGAUAGCCGAGCAGUCCCAGAGUGGAGGACAGUCUGAUGCCUACGAGCUGCAGCAGCUACAGAGAGAACUGGACGAGGAGGGUCGAGAUAAUGUGGCCUACUUGUCCAGCCCCGGGCAAGAGUUCAGGGGAAGUAGGCAGCAGGGAAGGGAAGUGGAUUGGAUGGAUGAUGAAAGACAGAUAGACCCCCUUGUGGGUGAACGAUGGUCCUCAGCCACCAUGAAGAUCCUGUCCUCCAUGCCCAGCCGCACCAUCGGCCGCAACAGGGGAGCUAUCAUCUCUCAAUACUACAACAGAACCAUGCAGCUUCGGAGACGCAGGCAGAGCAGACCCACCAUCCCACACUUAGAUCGCUCUGCCAGACCGAGCAUACGAGGUUACGGCAUGGAGGGAGACACCACUGACGCAGAUGUGGAUAAAAGGGAACGUCUGGUGAACAACCUGCAGAAUCUGUCAGUGAGCGACAGGGUCAGGAUGCUCCGAGCGAUGCCUCUCAGCGUGGCUGAGAAGCGUGAACUCAGGACGUCAGCAUUACACAAGGAGAGACGCACGCAGUCUGGGAGUCAGAUCCCCUGUUGCAGUCAACUCAAGUAUUACAUCAUCAUUGCUUUGAGACAGAGCUGGUACAGCUGGCUGUCCUUCCUGCACUCCCUCCAGCUGUGGCAAGUGGCACUGAAGAGAGUGAGCGGGCGUUUCGGCACCGGAGUCCUCUCUUACUUCCUGUUCCUUCAGACCUUACUCUUCUUCAACGUCUUCCUGUUCCUGGUGACGGGCGCGUUCAUGGUGCUUCCUCAGGCAGUGCACCCUCCAGCGCUGCCAGCAGGGAGACGCUCCUUCUCUGGACUGGAGCUCCUCACUGGAGCGGGCUAUUUCUCAGACACAGUGAUGUAUUAUGGGUACUACUGUAACUACACACUGCAUAAGAGCUGCAGGGACGAUGAUGGAGGGAAGAAUGUCUCCGUGACCAACGGAACCAAUCUGGACUGCGUGUCGAAGUCUCUUACGUACAACAUGCCGAUUGCAUACUUCUUCACCAUAGGAGUGGCCUUCUUCAUCACAUGUAUCAUCCUCGUGUACAGCAUGUCAAAGUCGUUUGGUCAGAGCUUCCGAAUCGGCAAAUCUCACAGCAUCCUGGCCAUGAAGGUCUUCUGCUGCUGGGACUUCAAGGUCCUCAAAAAAACCUCUGUCGAGCUCAUGUCUGACAAUAUCUACAUCCAGCUCAAGGAGCUGCUAGCAGAGGUGAGUCAUAAACAGGUCAAGAACACCAUGUGCCAGAAGCUGUGGAGACUGACGGUCCAUGGCCUGGCCUGGACUAUCUGCAUAGCAAGCACCACCGCCUGUGCGGCCGGCAUUUACUACUUCUCUGAUUAUAUGCACAAGAACCUCCAGCAAAGUUCUCGUAAUGCCUCCCAGGACCCCUUGUUGAACGAGGCCAGCCUGCUGGCUCUCCCUGUGGUGGUGUCCCUCAUCAACCUGCUGCUGCCCGGCCUGUUCAACCUCGCGGCCUGGAUGGAGGAGUAUGACUCACCUUCUGUACGCACAUAUGUCGCCAUUGGCAGAAACUUGAUGUUGAAAGUGAGCAUCCUCGGAGUCCUCUGCUACCACUGGCUGGGUCGAGUGGCUACUGACCCAGGAAGUAUUGGCCUCAAGUGCUGGGAGAGUUUUGUUGGCCAGGAGCUUUAUCGCUUCCUACUGAUGGACUUCAUCUUCACACUACUGGACACCUUGUUUGGAGAGUUUCUUUGGAGAUUGUUUUCUGAGAAGGUGCUGAAGAGAAGGAGGAAACCAGUGUUUGAUAUCGCAAGGAAUGUCCUGGAACUCAUCUAUGGACAAACAUUGGCCUGGUUGGGGGUUCUUUUCACUCCUCUCCUGCCUGCUGUGCAGAUUCUCAAACUGCUGUUGCUCUUUUAUAUAAAGAAGAGCAGCGUGAUGAUGAACUGUCAAGCUCCAAGGAAGCCGUACAGAGUCAGCCAGAUGACGACCAUCUUCAUCACUCUCCUCUGCUUCCCCUCCUUCCUCGGUGCCUCCGUGUCUGUCACAUACACCAUGUGGAGCAUCACACCCUCCUCAUCGUGCGGUCCAUUCCGCGAACUCAAAACCAUGUUUCAGGCAGGGAAGCGCUGGGUGGAAGAACUGGAAAAAGAUAACCCCAACCUGUCCCUGCUGGCCAGGGCUCACUCCUAUCUGGUGGAAAAUCCUUUCUUCCUGUUUGUAGGAGCGGGCAUCUUUCUGAUCGUCAUCUACUUCCACAGUCAGGUGGUGGACGGUCAAAGGAAGAUCAUCAGCUUACUGCAGGAGCAGAUAGAAAAUGAGGGAGAGGAUAAGAAGUUUCUCAUAACUCGUCUGCAGUCCAUCCACGAGCAGAAACGAACCCCCGCUCGACGAUUCACAAGUCAGGACUCUGGCUGUUGAAAUCAUGACAUCUCUGUCUUCAGUAGACAAACUAUCUCAGUUUUCUGAACACUGAUCGAUGUCUGGAGAAAUCUUUAACCAACUGGAAUGAUAACUUGAAAGGACUACUGUACAUAUGACAGAAAUGCAUUUGGUGAAUUUUAAUUUUUGGCUAGGGUUUUUAUAGUAGGAGUAUUUGAAGAGUGAGGAAACAAACAUGGUGGCAAUGUUGAGUCGAACAAAGCUGUCCACUUUAUACUGUACUGUGUAUAGAUUCAAUAUCUGAACUGAAACUUUAGGAAGUUAAAUGUGAUAAAAUGGACAGAAUAAGCCAAGAAAUCUUUACGCUGACGUAUCAGUUUUAAAAGGAUUUCAGUCAUCUCUCAUAGAAGCACUUUCAUAUUUCAUACUGUGAACAAAUUGUUUUUAUUCUAAUUCUGGAGCAAAAGAUGUAGAAUAUAGUUUCAUUAUGUGUGUAUGUGUGUAUGUGUGUGUUUUUUUUUUAAAUGAUUUUAAUUUUUUUUAUUAAUUUUAUCAUUGUGUCAGUAUGUUAAAGGUAAACUGUGGAUGAUGUGAGAGUAUGAUAACAAUGGAAAUGGUCUCAGCUGUUGUUGCAGUUGUAUAUUGUGUACAUAUGUGUCCGAGUUGUUUUUAGGAUGGUAACUGUAUAGUCAUACUUUUGUAAUUAAAUUAUGUUUCACCACA